GACAGACAUCAGUCUGAACUCUCCACAUAAAGGCCUGGGCUCUGACUCUCUCUCAGACAUGCCUGAAGAGAGGGGGGCGGCUGCUGUGAGUCCAGGGACUCUCCCUCCGGGUCUGACAGAGGAGGAGGCCGAGGAACUGAGACUGGAGCUCACCAAGGUUGAGGAGGAGAUCCACACCUUGAGGCAGGUGCUGUCAGCUAAAGAGCACCAUGCAUCGGAGCUGAAACGUAAACUGGGCCUGAGCCCCCUGACCGAGUUCAAACAGAACAUCACCAAAAGCUGGCAGGACGUCCAGACCUCAAACGCAUAUCUUUCAGCUUCUGCCACUCUGGAUGACAUUUCCAGCUCUGAAGUGUAUAAAAAGACUCAGGAAACGCUGUCUCAGGCUGGACAGAAGACCUCAGCCGCCCUCUCCACCGUUGGCACGGCCAUCAGCAGGAAACUGGGUGACAUGAGAGCUCUUCCUUUCUCUAACACCUUUGGUAGCAACUACUCCAUUCGCCAUUCAAUAAGUAUGCCAACUAUGAGGAACUCUCCAACCUUCAAAUCAUUUGAGGACAAAGUUGGAAACAUCAAGUAUAAGGUGGUUGGAGGGAAAGCCAAUGGUGAAAGUGCCCACUCUCCGAACGAGUCCAACCCGAUGCAGGACAACGCUCCGUUCUGAGAGCCCACCCUCUUGAUUUAAACACUUAUCUCAUUCUUUGUGAAUCCUGACUACACCUACACUUCCGUUCUCCCAGUUCUCCCGUUCUCUCUGAAUUCUUUCAUCCCUCCUUCCUCUGUCUCCUUUGAUACCCCUUCACCUACUGCUAGCAUGUGCUUGCUCAUCUCACUGAAAACACACACGUAGUACAGAUUCUGUGACAUGAAAUCAUCACAGGUUGUACAAAAGAAGACAAAUGAUGAAUCAUUUUGUAUUAGAAACUAUUUUACACUGCUUUGCAUAAUGUUUUUACAUAACUUUUAUCUAUAUAUGACUAUAAUGGAAUACAAAUAACUAUAUUUAAACAGUACUGCCAAGCAGCAUUCAUCAGUUGGCAGAGGGGUAUAAAAUACUCAAAGAAGAAACAUUUAAAUCUCAAGGGGGGUGGAUUUUAGACCAAUAAAGAAAAGAAACUUGCUGCUGGUUUCUAUGCUGCUGAGCAUUCAGUUGAGUUAUUUUUGACUCGGUACAAUGUGAAGCUGUACACCUGGUGAAUGUCUGACCCUCUCUGUCGGCCUUACACUCGCACUCUCUAUUGCUUUGUUGGUCUGUUGCUGGUGAAAACCUGUUACCCUAAAUAGUUUUUUGCUUGAUCUUUUUUUAACCUUUGCUUUUUCUUGCUCUUGUUCAGUUAUUUUUUUUCACUGAUGGGAAUGUUUUAUUUAUGCUGUUUGUCGGGAAUCACUUGCCUUUGCUUUGUGCCAUGCUGUGUGUACCAGAUGCCAUAGACUUUUUGCUGUCAGAAUGUUUCACACACACAAACUAUCACCAAACUAUCACAUCACAAAGAUCACUGUUAAAUUUUAAGAAAUAAAAAAGAAGUUACUCUCAAGUGCACUAACCCAAAAUGUCAAAUGGCGAGUAGGUCCUGCUAAGUAAGUUGAAUUUCUUUUGUUAGUGGCAUUUGUUGGUUUUUCCCAACAGACGUGAACACUAUUGUAGUCAGUAUCGUAGCACAGUCACUUUUUACCGGAAAGAUAUUGGAAUAUAUUUCAUUAUUAGUAAAUGUAAUCUUAUUUUGCUUCAUUUUUAUCUGUUCUAUCCUAAUAUUUAAUUCACUUACAUGGGUGUCAGUGGGUGGCCUUGUUUCAGUAUAUUACACCAUGAUUACAUGCCUCAUUGUUUGAGAUGCAAGGGACUGAUGCAGAUGAUGAGAUGCCAACUUCAUGUGACUUUCUACUGGAAUCCAUGUGUAAAAUGCCAUAGAAUUAUGUGGAUACACCUGUAGUUCUGCAAACGGUGAAAAGAUGACAAAAGAUCAUGAACAUUCAGAGGGAAAGGACUUUUUUAUUAUUAUUUUGGGGAGGUUGUUUAGUUAACAGGCACCAUAUAGCUUUAAAUUAGAGAUCUCAGCCUAGUUGUUCAGAUUGUUUUCUUUAACAACAACAGUGGUGUUAUUCUUCAUUUAUUUUUGUCAGUUUCUAUAUCAAUAAAGCAUUCGUUAAAAUGGC